AUGCCUCCCUUACAGCUUGAGGGAAAUGACGACUACGAAGCUAUUGCCCGGGCUGUUCAGCCGGUACCCCGCCAUCGCUCCCACGACCCCGCCAGCAACGAGAAGCGAACAGAUCCCUUCCAAUUCGGCUCGCGCUAUCUCGAAGAAGGCGACGAUGUAUUUGAAUUCAACGCAUGGGAUCACGUCGAAACUGAUGCUGAGUACCGCGAGUAUGCGGAGCUUCAAUAUCUGAAGCAAAAGGAGUCGCCUGUCCCCGAAGACGCUCGCGAGAAAUACAACGCCAACCCAUCCAAAUUCUGGAACUUAUUUUACAAACAUAAUACGAGCAAUUUUUUCAAGAAUCGCAAAUGGCUGCAGCAAGAAUUCCCCAUCCUGGCCGAAGUAACGCAAGCAGACGCGGGGCCCACGGUUAUCUUGGAGGUUGGUGCGGGUGCGGGUAACUCUGCUUUUCCGAUCCUCGCAAGUAAUAAGAAUGAGCGGCUUAGGCUGCAUGCAUGCGAUUACUCUAAAAAAGCAGUUGAAGUUAUGCGCAAGAGUGAGCACUAUGAUGAGAAGUAUAUGCAAGCGGAUGUAUGGGAUGUUUCGGCUGAGGUAGAGGUGGAUUCAUUUCCACCUGGACUUGGACCAGAUUCUGUGGACGUGGUUGUGAUGAUUUUUAUCUUUUCAGCACUAUCGCCCAAUGAGUGGGGACGUGCGGUGGAAAACAUAUACCGAGUUCUGAAGCCUGGGGGACAUGUACUUUUUAGAGAUUAUGGGAGGGGGGAUCUCGCGCAGGUGCGAUUUAAGAGCGGGAGGUGGAUGGGCGAAAACUUCUACGUCAGGGGGGAUGGAACGAGAGUCUAUUUUUUCGAGAAGGAUGAGUUGAUCCGUAUCUGGGGUCGAUGGAGUCCUCGGAACGGAAUUCCUGAAAACGGGAAGGGCAUCGAUGCACGUAGAACGUGCUCUUUCCCAGAUGCGCCACCAGACGAUGCCGGAUUUGAAAUAUUAGACCUUGGAGUUGACCGGCGACUAAUCGUCAAUCGGCAACGGAAACUGAAGAUGUAUAGAUGCUGGAUGCAAGGCCGUUUUCAGAAGAGGAAGGUCGAAAUGCGUAAUUCCAGUGCUCCAGAACCUUUUACCCAAACAGUUGAACUCCCCAACUAA